GCGUGGAGUGAAACGUCAGCCACGUAAAUUGGAGAGGUGUCAAUGUUCGUAACAUUUCACUAUUCUCGGCGCUCAAAACUAGCAAUAAUUUCGCAUUAUAUUAGUUAACUAUAAGACACAAUGGGCCUGAAAUUGCUAGCAUUAAUUGUUUUAAUUGCUACGGCUGUCACAGCAGACGAGGAACCUGCGGCUGCAAGGCUUCUAGUGUCGAAACAAGUAUUAAACAAAUACCUAGUAGAGAAAUUGGAUAUCCUUGUUAAAUAUACAUUAUUUAACGUGGGAACAGCUCCAGCGGUGGAUGUGAAGCUUGUCGACAAUGGAUUCCAUCCAGAAGUGUUCCAAGUGGUCGGAGGUCAACUUACAGCUCAAAUUGACCGUAUAGCUCCUCAGACCAAUGUGUCUCACGUCGUCACUGUCAGAUCCAACAGAUUUGGAUACUUCAACUUCACAUCUGCUGAAGUCACUUACAAGAAAAGUGAAGAUUCCACUGAGAUCCAAUAUUCAAUCAGCAGUGCCCCAGGAGAAGGCACCAUUGUAGCUUUCAAGGAUUACGACCGUAAAUUCUCAUCACACGUCUUAGAUUGGGCGGCAUUCAUCGUCAUGACUCUACCGUCACUCGCUAUUCCCUUUGGUCUCUGGUACUCUUCGAAGAGCAAAUAUGAGAAAUUAUCAAAGCCCAAAAAGACUAAUUAGUUAAGUUAGAUUUUAGUAAACUAUUUUGAUAAAGUUAUUUGUUUUACUGAAAUUUAAAAAAAAAAAUUGUACAGAACCAGCUAUAUUGUUACCAAUGUAGUAAUGAAUGACAGAGUAAUAUGUAAUACAUUUCUAAAGAGGUUUUCUAUGUAUGUUUGGAACAAGCUGUGAAUGAUAACAUUUAUCACAUAUUUUUGUUCAUUCAUCCCAUUUUAAGUUGUUAUUAAUUUAUAUGAACAAUAAAAAAUAUUUAUAGUCUAAA